UUUAUUUUAUUUUAUUUUAUUUUUUUGUAUGGUUAUUUUUGAACAGGAUCAAGAAGGCGACAAAGAUAAAGCAGCAACAUCUAAGAAGGAGAAAGAAGGUGACAAAGACAAGAAAGACGAGGAAUCCACGAUUGAAAAGAGUGAAAAGGAGAGCAGUGAGAAAAUGGAAGAAGAGGAACCUGACUUUGAACUGUUAGAGAAUCCAGCUCGGGUUCUUCCCGCACAGGUUUGUUCUUUUGACUUUGUGCGACUGUUAAUGUGGAGCUAA